UUAAAGCGUUUUAAUAUUGCUCGGAAGUAUAAUGUGCGACUAGCUGUGACCAAGGUGAGGGUGCAGUUCAACUACUUAAAUGUCAAUAGACUCAACGCCAUACUAAGCCGUCCUGGAUGGAGGAAAAUCGACCAUAUCAAAGGCAAACACCAAUGCUCUGCAAAUUCAUUUUCUGGCAAUGAUCUGUUUAUACCCAUCGAAGAACCCGAUAGUUUCUACGUAACCGAAGAAAAUGUCUACGAUAAAUACUCGAUGACGGCUCGGUUGACUGAAUGUGUGUACGCGAAGGCCAUAUUAGAUUAUUUAUCCUUGAUUCGAUUGGUUCUACACUUGAGCUCACGCGAGGGAAAACUUGUGAGUAAUAAGCUUCGUUGCCGAAAGUAUUACCAUAAAAUCCACAAGACGAAAAAUCCGAAAGUUUUGGCACCUCCUCUAAACUACGACAGAUUUUGGGAUAUGCUCGAUUUAGCAUUGGGCAAAAUAGGAAACAUUCACAUUAUGUUUGGCAUUAUGAUUGAUGCGUUGAGUUUUCUACAAGAAUCGUUGAACAAGUUACGCGAAUGCCCGUUAGAUUCAAACAUACAACUAAUAAUGAAAAGUAUGUAUCUAAUUUAUAAUGCGAAGCUAACUGUAGAAGAAUACAACGGAGACAACCGCAAAAAAUACAAUUCAAAAAUUUCGAGAAUUUCCACUACGUUGGAAAUACAUUUUAAAAGAAUUAUAGUAAACAUAUUGAUUCCUUUUACAAACGAAUACUGCGAAAUGCUACAAAGCGCCAACACAAGCGAACCUCAGACUUUAGUCGUGCAUCAUGUCAGUGUAAUUUAUAUCUUCGAAGAAGCUCAAUAUGAAAUUGAAAAACUCAUAAACAAGGUGAUCAAUAAUUACUACCGAGAAUUAGGUUUCCCGAAAGAAGAAAUACUGCUAUAAAAUCACAAAGCGCAAUUUGUUGUGUAACGAACUUGUAAUUUAUUAUUUUUAUUAAAACGGACAAUAACCAA